CCUCUCCCACAGGGGCGAGGACUUCCUUUCCUUUGCACAUGCGCAGUUGUUACAUCCACUCUGGACAGCUGGAGGAGAAAAUGGCAGCGCUCAUGUUAGGACAGCAGGCACGCCAGUUUAGCACGUCAGCCAUAAGGCCUGCAGCUAAACUGGUCAAGCCCCCGAUCCAGGUUUAUGGAGUUGAAGGUCGCUAUGCCACUGCCUUGUUCUCAGCAGCUAGUAAGCAGAACAAACUGGACCAAGUCGAGAAGGAGUUGGGAAAAGUCAAUGCCCUCAUCAAGGAUCCCAAACUUUCAAGUGUGGUCAUGAACCCACAUGUGAAGCGCAGCCUCAAGCAGAAGACUUUUCACGAUGCUCUGGCAAAGGCCAAAGUGUCCCCUAUCACAGUGAACCUCAUCAAUGUUCUGUCAGACAAUGGUCGUCUGACCCUAACGGGUGAUGUCAUCAGUGCUUUCGGCAAGAUGAUGAGUGCACACCGUGGAGAAGUUAUCUGCUCAGUAACCACUGCUCAGCCUUUGGACCAAGCCAGUUUGGCUGAGCUGAAAGUCGCACUCAAUGGAUUUCUUCAGAAGGGUGAGACCAUCAAGCUGGAAACCAAGUCCGAUCCUUCAAUCCUUGGCGGCAUGGUCGUCAGUAUCGGGGACAGAUACGUGGACAUGUCCACAAAGACGAAGAUACAGAAGCUCACCAAACUGAUGAGAGAAUCCUAAAUCCUGUGGACUUCAUCUUCGAUCUGUUUAGAUAUAUACAAGUGGGGCGUUGUGGAAAACGCCUGUCAAUGUACAUUGCUGCAUGUUCUACCGUUGAGCUUGCUCCAGAAGUCUGUCUGAACUCUGUUCAUUUGGAUGUUAAUAAAACCUCAAUAAUAUGCCUGUGUUUA